AUGGUCCCAGAGUUCGACCACGACAGGCACCUCCUCCCCGCCAUGAAGGCCAAGGCCGUGGUGACCAAGGCCAGGGACAGAGGCCUCGACGCCACGCUGCUCGCGGGCGUGCUCGCCGCGCUGCCGGCGAGGCCGGAGCAGCGGGGCGCCUUCGACGACCUGGUGCUGGACGCAUUCGACUCGCACCUGGUCUCGUGCAGCAGGGAGAUGGAAGAGGAGAUCGCCAAGGCCGCAGCCGCCUCUCGCGAGGCCUCGCAGGCCGCCUGCGCCGCGCGCGCGGCGCGCGCGGCGGCGCUCCCGGCGCAGACCACUGCCGCAGAGGCCCUGGGUGCCGCUCAGGCUGCUGCUGGCGACGCUCAGCUGGCGCUCGCGGCGGCGCGGCGCAGCCUCGCAGCGGUGGAGGACGAGGCUCGGGAGCUGCUCGCCGAGCGGCAGGCCGCGGCGGCAGCAGCCGCGGCGCUGCGGCCGCCCGCGGGGGCUCGGCUCCCCAGCGCGUGAGUGGCGCGGUCGGCCCAAGGAGGA